GGACUUCAUAUUUUCACUGACGAGAAGUCCUACGAUCAAUGAUCUUGGAAACCAAAUACUUAUACCCGUUCUUUUGAGAUAUAUACUUGAUAGAUUUCCUCUUCGCGAUGCAUUCAGGGGUUAGUAAAAGCGACAUCUCCUUUGUUACAUUCUCCCCAAAAUCAUCUUAAAGGGCUUCUGGGUAGUUGACCUACCCAAAUCCUCGGCGAUAAUGCUCUGGUAUCUUAUUCUGGUUAAUUUUCUGGGGGUUUCGGCGGUGAGGUUGCGUCCAGGUUUUCCGUCACCGGCAACAUUGGCAAAUUUGACCCCAUGCGCUAAAAUAUCUCGCCUGGCUAAUUUAGGAGUCGCGUCUAAUACUUCAGCAACCAUUCCAGGGUCCUUAGCUCUUGAUUGCCUCCGUUCAGUGCCAAAUCGGCCUCAACCGGCACAACAGCUAAUACAAAGCCUCAAAGCAUUUGUAAACUGGCAGGCUACUCUUCCAUGGCUCAAGAAUCCUCCACCAUCUUAUAUGCUUCCUCCAGUUGAUGUCCAAGGAAGCCUAGACAACAUCUCUUCCACGGCGGCAGCAGGGGGGUUUGCCAGCGAAUAUGACUUCCAGAUUGCGAUAGUCAAAGCGGUCACCGCGGCACAUGACGGUCAUUUCUCAUACGUUCCGGAUGUGUUCAAGGCCUUCUCGUUUAAGAACGAUUUAGUAGCUGAUCUGGUAUCUGUUUCAACAAAUGGCACCGCUGUGCCAAAACUAUAUCGACUAUCUGCCUUCCAAUCCAAUAACGGGACUCCUCCAGCUGCAAUCUCACAGAUCAAUGGUCAGAAUGCCACUAGCUUCAUGUUGGAUAUGGCCUCGCAAUUCAGUAACGCUCAAGAUAUCGACGCCCAAUGGAACUCGCAGCUCAUAGGCUACACGAACCUGCGUAGUUCUAACGAUCCUUUGGCUGAAAGUGUGCUAUUCGUAGCCCCUAACGUGGUGCUUACAUAUGAGAAUGGGAAGUUUGAAACCCAGGAGACGAAAGCUCAGUUGAACCCAGGUGUAGACUUCUCCAAGAUCAUCUCAGGGGAUGCCUUCUACGACAAGUUCUGCAACCCGGACGCGGCUUCGAAUACGACUAGGGUUCCAGCCGCCGUAGCACCACGGUCUAAGCCGAGUGUGUCUAAGCGCGCGACGGUGAAAAAUGGCUAUCCGGUUCCUUUCAUUGAAGAGAACACUAUGGGUACCACCAAAGGGUUCUUCCUCAACGGAACGGGAGUUGACGACGUAGCCGUACUGGCCCUCACAGCUUUCGAGGAUAACGAACAAAACACAUAUUUGACAAACUUUCAGGAUACUAUAGAGGAAUUCUUAACGCAGAGCCGAGACACUGGGAAGCAGCGGCUUGUCAUCGACCUCACGGAGAAUGGUGGCGGCUUCGUCAUGGCUGGCUUUGAGCUCUUUGCACAGCUCUUUCCCGGCGUAAAUCCAUUUAACGCCAAUAACAUGCGUCUAUCAGAUAGUCUCGCAAACAUCUCUCGUAUACUCGCAACUUUUCCUCAACAGGAACAAGUAAGCAGUGCACAAGCCUCGCCCCUAUUGAGCAACCUAUCGCCCACGGACCUAUUCAGGCCUCAAGGCGACAAGUUUACCUCAGUCGACGAACUCCUAUCUCCCGUAACGCUGCAAGGCGAUAAGUUCACCGCAUACAUCGAGCAGCCCUUCAGCGCCGUCCCCAACUUCACCAUGACCGGGACCGGGAACCGGUCAACCCCACCCCCAGCCCUCUUCAAACCCGAAAACGUCGUGCUCCUCACCGACGGCAACUGCGGGUCCACAUGCACCAUAUUCUCCUACCUGAUGAUCUUCCAAAUGGGGAUAAAAACCAUAACAGCAGGCGGCCGUCCUCAAACCGGGCAAAUGCAAUCGAUCGGAGGCACGGAGGGUUCCCAAGUCCUCGACUUCAACGAAAUCUCCGAAAUCUCAACCGCGGCCAUCCUCAACGUCAAGGACCCCGCACAAUCUCAAGCCCUAAAGGAAAGCGAACUAGGCGUGCUAGCGCAGGGGUACGCGAUAAAGCGGGCGUUGAACCAAGACACGCCGGGAAGCGUGAACUUCAAGAACGCGUUUGCGCCGUCGGACGCGCAGACGCCGCUGCAGUUCCUGUACGAGCCGGCGAACUGCCGGUUCUUCUACACGUCGGACAUGGUGACUUCCGCGGAGCUGACGUGGCGGUAUGCUGUCAACGCGACGUGGAUGGAUCCCGGGACUUAUUGUGUGGAGGGGAGCGUGGUCCCGGUUAAUACGACGAAGGCGGCUGUAGAUCCGGCGUUCGCGAAUGCGACUGCUGCGGAUGCGGGGGGUGCUGGGACGGAUGGAACGGAUGGGACUAGUGGGACUGAUGGGACAAGCGGUACUAACGGAACAAGUGGCACGGGCGGUAGUGGCGGCUCUGGUGGAACUAGCGGCACCGACGGGUCUAAUGGGGAUAGUAACGCGAACAAUGGGACGAGCGGAGACGAUGGGAAUGCGGGAGGAGCAAAUGGGACGAGCGACAACGCUGACGACAAGAAGAAUGCUGCUGAGGGCGCGGUCGAGGGUAAUAUCUUACAGACGGCGGGGCUGCUGGCAGCGCUUUCGGUGAUAAUGUCGUGUCUUUAGAGUCAGGGAAAGGUAGGUACUAG